GCGAUGCCUGUCUUAGCCUUACCCAAUGUUGCUUUCCUGGGGCGGGGCCGAGUGAAGACUCGGAGCCAAUCAGCGGUGACGCCGCUUGUGCGCCUCCACGUCGGCAGCAGCUGCGGUCAAGAUGGAGGCACUGAUCUUGGAGCCCUCCCUGUACACUGUCAAGGCCAUCCUGAUUCUGGACAAUGAUGGAGACCGACUCUUUGCUAAGUACUAUGACGACACCUACCCCAGUGUCAAGGAGCAAAAGGCCUUUGAGAAGAACAUUUUCAACAAGACCCAUCGGACAGAUAGUGAAAUUGCCCUGUUGGAAGGGCUGACAGUGGUCUAUAAAAGUAGCAUCGAUCUCUAUUUCUAUGUGAUUGGCAGCUCCUAUGAAAAUGAGCUGAUGCUUAUGGCUGUUCUGAAUUGCCUCUUUGACUCCUUGAGCCAGAUGCUGAGGAAAAAUGUAGAAAAGCGAGCUCUGCUGGAGAAUAUGGAGGGGCUCUUCUUGGCUGUGGAUGAAAUUGUAGAUGGAGGGGUGAUCCUAGAGAGCGACCCCCAGCAAGUGGUACACCGGGUGGCUUUGAGGGGUGAAGACGUCCCCCUUACAGAGCAGACCGUGUCUCAGGUAUACCUCUUCUCUCUUCAUCCCCCCAGUGGAUUUGAAUUCGGGGGGAAUUUCCCAAACUGACAGUCCUCUAGGGCUUUAGAGAGCUUCCUCCUAUUCUUCCACCCUUGGGAUUUUCUAUCCCCUGUUCUUCUAAGGAGAGGGAAGGCAAGUGUGGGGAAGGAGAGCCUCAGCCUGCUCACACCCUGUGGCUUGCAAACCCUCCUCAGUGCUGCCUUUGUCUCUGCAGGUGCUACAGUCAGCAAAAGAACAGAUCAAGUGGUCCCUCCUUCGGUGAAGAUAUUCCAUGCCCAGUUCCUUGCCCCUCAAAACCCCACAUCUGCUGUGACUUCUUAUGCAGGCCCCCAACAGAUGCUCUUAGGGUCAUCGUGGAGAAUCACAAUGGACCCUUGCACCUCUAUCCUUUCUGGGGUCGUCCCCCUCUUCCUUCCCUCUCAAAGGCAGAUUUGAAUGAGGCAGGGGAAACACCCUCUUCCUACUGCACUGGUCCUCCCACCCCCACGUUCUCUCCUUGGUUUCUUGGCCCUUUUCUAUGGCUGUACUUCAGAUCAAAGCAGGAGAAAGAAUAUGCUGAGUGUUUUCCUCCCUGUGCCUUAAAGGCCCUCAUCCCCGCAGCCCAUACGUCCAGCCCAGGGGAGGACUCCUUCCUUCAGCACAUGGGUGUGGAGUGGGGGGGCUGCACUUCUUUGCCUCAGCGGCUUCUCCCCUUCCUGCUGCCCUGUCCUCUGCCUUGGAAGAGAUUGGGAGUAGCUUAUGGGAAGGGGACAGAGCUGCAGAGGAACAGUGAUUUAAAUGCUGUCGGAGCUUAUGCAGUGCAGUCUCUGCCAUGAUCUGGCCUUCAGCCUCAAAGCUGCUGUGCCUGCACACGAGAACAUCCUACUCUAGGUCUGUACCACACCUCUCUGCCUGUAUCACCUGUGAGAUCUUUGCCUGGUGUGGCCUCUGGUACCCUGGAGCAAAGCCAGACCUUGGAACUAAAACCACUGUAGUGUCCAGAAGAGUUUCUACACAGAACCGGGGAAGGAAAGGGCCUUAAUGGCUCGGGCCUUGCCAUGUUCCGUCUCAGCUCUUCCACUCACAUUCCUCUGCCUUGGUUCUGCAGUCUGCUGUUGAGCUCUCCCUCUCUGCCUCAGCCUUCCCUGGAAGCGGAGGGUCUGGUGCAGUACCUUUCCUCUAGGGUUUGGAUUCCCAUUCUUGGGUGUCAUGUUGCCCCUUGACCCCACAUCGCAGUGAAAAAUGUCUUAGAAAAACAUUCCCGAGCAAGCGUUCUGCCCCCUGCAUUGACUGAAGUGGGCAUUCUGGAGGUGGCCUCUGCAAGAAACGGAGUCAACGAAGUCCACCUUGUACGCUACUGUGCGUCAGAGGAAUAAAGUGAAUCUUCCAAACUG